CGGUAAACAGUGUUUAUACGCUCAGAAGUUUUUUUUUCUUCUGCGAUGUUAUAAAAUGGAAGAAAGCAGCGAGCCCAAUGUAAGCUUCAUCGAAAAUAAAGAUGUUCCCAUCGAGAUAAAGCAAGAAGAAAAGGAAGUAACAUUUUCUUACGAUUUGGAUCCACAAGAUGUGAAACCAUACAUCGAAAAUGACGCAUCCAUCAGCGAGGAACCACCUACCGAUAUUGCAUUAUUAGGUGCUUUGCCGGGAAACGAGGAAUUCGAUAUUCGUAACCCGUUUGCAGAACCAGAUGAUCAACCGGACAUAGAGAAGCCGUACGAGUGUAACGUUUGUGGCAGAAGAUUUCAAAAAGCUAACACUUUGGGAUUCCACAAACUGAAACAUACCAAUGAGAAACGACAUCAGUGUGAGACGUGUGAUAGAAAAUUUUUUACCAGACACGAGCUAACAGUACACCUGCGAUGUCAUACUGGUGAACGUCCUCAUGUAUGUAGUACAUGUGGAAACGCAUUUACUCAAAAAUGUCAUCUGAUUGCACACGUACGAACACACACCGGAGAACGGCCAUAUAAAUGUGACGUGUGUGAUAAGGACUUCAUACUGAAGAAUCAUCUGGUUCAACACAGUCGGUGCCAUACCGGAGAAAGGCCGCAUAAAUGUGACAUAUGCGGUAAGGAAUAUGGUCGAUUUAAUGAUCUUGCGAAGCAUCGUCGAAGCCACACCGGCGAAAAACCGUUUAGAUGUGACAUUUGUGGCAAAAACUUCUCUGCAACCAACUAUUUGGCUAGACACAAACGUACUCAUACUGGCGAAAAGCCAUAUCGAUGUGAUUUGUGUGACAAAGAAUUCCAAACUUUACGUCAGAUGACGUGUCACCGGAUCAGACAUACCGACGACCGUCAGCAUCGGUGCGACAUUUGUGACAAGGAUUUUUACACGUUCCACGAGCUGACAUUGCACAUGCGUUGUCAUACUGGCGAACGACCGCAUACCUGUGAGGUUUGUGGCAAAACAUUUGCCCAAGGCAGCCAUCUGCGGGUACAUCGACGCACACAUGAUCGCCGAAUAAAGGUACUGCCAAUGCCAGCAACAUCGGUGGUAUGGUCGGCUCCCGUUACUGAUACUGAGUAAUAAGAUGUAGUUGCAACAAAAAUAAAGACAAGUGCUGUUUGAGCAGUAGUAUUAGAGUAUUAGUAUUCGAGUUAAAAUAAAGUGAAAGUUCUUUUUCGACUUUU